UGUUUUGUGUCUCUUCACAUGUCUUUUCGUAUGAUCAUGUCGAUCAUCAUCGGUCAGGGCAGACAGCUAACUGGGGAUGAAGAUAGUUACGUAGGGAUAUCUCUUUAGCGUCUUGGGACCACAUCACUUGUAUUACAAUUAUCCGUAAAUGCUUGGAGUUAGAGGCACACGACUUGUAGUGUAUACGGUCAGUUGCAGUUGUUGUUUUUUACUUCAUUUGUUUUGAAAAUAGACAUCUGUAUUCAUAACAGUACCAGCAAUUCUGUGAAGUAGACCUAUUCACGAGGAAAUUGUGCUAAGUGUUGACAAUCAUAUCACUUUAACCAUGGCCGAGGCUCAAGCGCCGGCAUCUCCUGAGGUGGCAGAGAGUGUGGAAGGCGAAUUGGUUGCAACUGCAGAGUCUAGGUCCACUGAUAAUGGACCAGUGUCACCCCAGGUACAUGAGAUGUGCAGGGAUAUGUUCGAGAAAACCACGGAGUACCUUCAGGGAGAGCUGCUUUCCACUGGUGAAGAGUAUCUACUUCUGGAGAAGCUGAACAAGAUGACUACGGCUAAGUACUCCGAUAUGUCCUCGCUGUCACGGGACCUCACCGGCAUGAUGGACGAACUCAACGAGAAGUAUCGCAACCUGCAGCCAUACCUUGACCAAAUAGACCAGCUAGAUGAGAGUGUUGGGGCGUUGGAAAAGUCAGCGUAUCAACUAGACAAUUACUCUAAGAAACUAGAAGCAAAACUGCGGCAGCUGGACAGACGGUGAGCAAGCUUACACUUCACUAUACAAAGGGAAUACCACACUUUUAUCUACCAUGAAAACCGAGACACCUAGAUGAUAUGAAUUAACAUGAAAUCUAGGAACGUCGGCACUUACUUCCAUAUAAUUCCUUGAGGACGAUUUCCUUUGCAUGGCAUUUGGUUUUUUUUAUAGUAUCACGAAACCCGCUUUCCAAGAAAGAUUGCAUGACACACAUCAGUCUAUUAUUCCUAAUCCUUCUUUAACUAUGCAUUUGUGUGCGCCCCUGGUGGGAAUGCUCGUGUUCAGUUCCAGUCCGCUAAACGCUACCAUGUUUCUCGUCUCUUUGCAUUGCUGCUGAUUAGUUUUCAUUGCUUUCAAUGAAGUCUCACUGUCCAAAGGCCUCUGAAUCCAGAGGCUGUUUGUCUAAUGAGGUCAUGUUGAUGGUCCCCAGUUCAUGA